AUGGCAAACGACGCUCUCCUUGUCAACCCCGACAACCAGUCCCAGCUGGGUAUCACCACCCACGGUUCUGACUGGCUAUGGGCAGUCUUCGCGGUCAUGCUUCUGACUGACUUGGUUGUCAUCGGCUGGCACUUCACCAUCCCCCGUGGUCAGCGGCUCUUCCACCAGCUCGGUGCCAUCAUCCUCACCACCGCCACCAUCGCCUACUUCUCCAUGGCCUCCAACCUCGGGUCCACCCCCAUCGCCACUGAGUUUGCUUACCUCGGUUACCCCAUCGGCACCCUGAGGCAGAUCUGGUACGUCCGUUACAUCGACUGGGUCAUCACCACCCCCGCUCUCCUCCUCGAGCUCACCCUCGCUUCCGGUCUUCCCCUCUCGGAUAUCAUCACCCUCGUCUUCUUCGACUUGGUCAUGAUCAUCACCGGUCUCGUCGGUGCCCUCGUCGCUUCCAGCUACAAGUGGGGCUACUACGUCUUCGGUAACCUUGCCCUCUUCUAUAUCCUCUGGGUUCUCUUCGGUCCCGCCCGCACCUCUGCCGGCGCCAUCGGCCCCGCAUACAAGCGGUCCUUCACCAGCUCCGCCGCGGUCCUCUCCUUCCUCUGGUUCCUCUACCCCAUCGCCUGGGGAAUUGCGGACGGUGCCUCGGUCAUCCACCCCGACUCGGAGAUGAUUUUCUACGGUGUCCUUGACGUCCUCGCCAAGCCCGUCUUCAUCAUCUACCACCUCUUCUCCCUCUCCAAGCUCGACCUCACUGCCCUCCGUCUCCAGUCCGGCAAGUUCACCGACUCGGCCGACGUCACCCACCACGACCGUGAGAAGCACGCCCGCGCCAACGACAUGGCCACCGCCGGUACCGCUGCCCCUGCCAAGAAGGGCAUGUUCUCCCGCAAGGGCGCCCGUGAUGCCACCCCCGCCGUUGUCACCACCUACGACAACGAGCCCCGCACAUCCCAGGCCACCUACACCGCCGCCUAA